GGUAUGCAGACUGACAUAGCACUGUCGACAACAUUUGCAAGUGACACGAGCCCUUUCAGCUCCCUCGCUGAGGAGUAGUCAUCCCCUAUCACCGCUAACCUAGCUCGAUAUGGCGCAAGACUGGAGCCUCAAAGGAGCCGGGGCUGCCAACCUGGUCUACGCCUACUGCGGCGAGGACGAGCGCCUGCGCGGCCACGUACUACGGGUGCGCAAGGGCACCGCGCACGCCGCCUCAGAGGUGGACAUCGCGCUGUGGGAGGGCGUGCUGGUCCACAAGCCGGGCGACGCUGCGGGUCGGGAGCUAUCGUACGUGGCUGACGUCAUGGCUCCACUGCUGGGCCGCCAGUACGUGUUCCCGGGGAUCCCCUGCCGCCUGCCGGUCGACCUGCGCGAGGCCAUGGGGCCGGGCGGCAGCAGCGACCACUUCCCCGCCCUACUGCAACCCGACCACACCCUACUGCAGGCAGCGGCGCUGUCGGCGCGGGGCUGGGCGGGCGUGGGCCCAGCUGUGUGCCUGGAGGUGAAGCCCAAGUGGGGGCUGCACCCCAGCGAGGUGCCGAGGGGGCCCGAGGAGGAGGGCGGCGGCGGCGGGGCGGAGGGAGGCGGGGCGGAGGAGGCGGGGGAGCAGGAGCCGCUGCGGCGGCGCUACCCGCGCUUUAUGCUGCACAUGCUGCACAAGCACAUCCAGGACGGCCUGCCGCUGAGCUACUACAACCCGCUGGACCUGUUCAGCGGCCAGCCCGACCGCAUGGCUGCAGCACUGGCCCGGCUGCUGGAGGCGCCCAGCAACAACCUGCGUGUGUUCAAGGACGGUGUCCAGCUGUACGGCGGCACCGGCACCGCGGGCGGCGGCAGCGACGGCAUCGAGUCGGCGCCGCCGGCACCCGCCGACGCAGGCGCCGAAGCCGGCGCCACCCCCGUCACGGCCACGGUGGGCUUCGGCGGCAUCGACCGCACCGGCCCGCGCUGGCUGGCGCUUCGGUCGCUGGCAGCCAGCCUGCAGGGCUUCGUGGCAGCGGGCGGGGCCGGCGCCGCCGCCACCGCCCAGGCCGCGGCCGCGGAGGGGACGUCGGCUGUGAGCGCCGAGGACGCGGAGGCGGAGGCGGUGCUGGGCGCCGUGGCACGACUGGCGGCGGCGGCGCUGCGACAGGAGGGUGUGCUGCAGCGGCUUCACGCCGUACAGGCCCUGGACAGCCAGGGGCCGGCGGGGGCGCUGAGCCUACUCCACCAGCUCGAGGCGGCAGUCAAGACCGGCUCUUGGCCCUCCACCGCCGCUGGAAACGAGCCCACGGCCGGGGCACCUGCGCCCGGACCCGCCGCCACCACCGCCGCCACCACCGCCGCCACCACUGGAGGCAAGGGCAGCAGCCACGACCAAACCCACCAGCACCAGCGCUCCCCCUGGCCCGCCGACGCCCUGGACAAGUUGCGGUGCUACCUCAAGUCGGUGACCGCCAAGGACUGCGGCGUGAUGGUCACCCUGCAGCGCGCCGCGCCCGCCACAGCCCUCGCAGCCGCCGCCGCAGCCGCCACCGCCACCGCCGGCAGCACCGCCGCCGCGCCCGGGGCCGCACCGGCAGGGCCCGGGGCCGCGGCGGCGACGGCUGCCGGCAGCGAGGUGGCUGCCGGCAGCGAGGCGGCUGCCGGCAGCGAGGCGGCUGCCGGCAGCGAGACCGCGCGUGUGGCCAAGGCCGCGGCGGCGGAGGCGGGGGCGGAGGGGGAUGGCGGCAACGCGGGGGAGGGGGGUUUGUUGGAGCCGGCGGCGGCGGCGGCUCGGGAGUUUGCGGCGCUGUCGGGCAGUCGGCCGUGGGUAUCGCUGCUGACUGACCCUGAGGACCCGAGUGCCGUGUAUUUGUACAAGGUGGCGUUUGUGGACCUGGACAUCAAGGCCGCGGGCAAGCUGCCCAAGCACCUGGCGCUGGAGCGGCAGCUGGAGGACACGGCGCGGUCGGAGGCGGGCGGCAGGCUGCUGCGGAGGCUGGGGGAGCUGGCGGGGCUGCUGCCCGAGCCGUAGGGGCAGGCUAAGGGGGGCGGGCGAAGAUGAGGG